GUUCAUACAUGUUCCCACCGAACUCCUCCGAACAGCGUCACAACCUUAUCCCUUCAUGCGAUGGGCAAUGGAUAUCGUCGGUCCCCUUCCCGCGUCGCGGCAAAAGAAGUACAUUCUAAUCAUGACAGAUUAUUUCACCAAGUGGGUCGAGGCCGAGUCAUAUGCCAAAAUUCAAUCCAAGGAAGUCCAAAAUUUUGUUUGGAAAAACAUAAUCUGCAGGCAUGGUGUACCUUACGAAAUUGUAACGGACAAUGGGACUCAGUUCACUUCGCUACAGUUCGAAGGUUUCUGCGCCCGUUGGCGAAUUCGUUUGAGUAAGUCCACGCCUCGCUAUCCGCAAGGUAAUGGUCAAGCCGAAGCAACAAACAAGACUAUUCUCGACGGCAUCAAAAAACGUCUUGAAGCGAAAAAAGGAGUUUGGGCCGACGAACUCGAUGGCGUCCUCUGGUCGCACCGCACGUCGCCGCGCCGAUCUACUGGGUGUACGCCGUUUUCCCUAGCUUAUGGGAUGGAAGCCCUCGCCCCCGCAGAAGUUGGCGCCCCGACGCUCCGGCGCUCCAUGCUCGUUCACAAUUCCACUCUCAACGAUCAAAUGCUCCGUGAUAGUCUCGACUGCCUCGAGGAAGAACGAGAUAAAGCGCUUCUCCGCAUCCAAAACUAUCAGCAUGCAGCAGCCAAGUUCUACAACAAAAAAGUCAAGCCCCGCCAUUUCGCCGAAGGUGACCUCGUCCUCCGCAAAGUAUUCGAAAAUACGGCAGAACUGAAUGCUGGCAAACUAGGCGCUCAUUGGGAAGGACCCUACCUUAUCUCCAAGAUCGUCAAACCCGGAGUCUACGAACUCCUGACUAUGGACGGCACUCCAGUUCCCCGCUCGUGGAACUCCGCGAACCUGAAACGUUACUACUACUAAGCGCAACCGCAAAAAAAAAAAAAAAAAAAA